GAGUGUGCCUGACAGGUUUGGCUGUGCUGCUUGGGCUUGAGAAGCAGCCUGGGAGUGUACAUAUGCAUAUUUUUUUUGCCAUGAAUGGCAGUUCACCUCAUAUGUGAUGACCUGACGUGAGUUACCAUGAGGACUUCAGCUCCUCCCACUGUCUGCAGCGGUCGCUCCACUGCUGCCCUGCUCACCACACUCCUUCCCCUCACUGUCUCCUUGCUAGUGUGGGCCUCACAGUCCCAGGCACAGGAGAGCAGAGCAGAUGUAGCCACAAAUACCAGCAGCAGUAGAGCUGUGGGUGCUGUGCAGAAUGUUAGUGAUGGCAUUGAUGCCACCCAGCCUGGCAGUAAACCUGUCAUUUAUGUAAAUAAUCCACAGCUACUAAGGGAGAUGCAGGAACAGAGUUUACUUCAUCACACUUUUAGAUUAUCUGCUGGAGGAGUGCCAAGUAAGGAGGAGGAUGGGGUCCUGGAGGGAGGGGUACCUCUCCUGGAGCGCUCAGCUACCCUAGGCUCACAGCUGAGGCAUCUUGCCAACAAUGAGCUGGGGGUCACACACAUGCAGGCAACUUUUGAUGAACUGCCAUAUUCUAAUCUUGAGCGGAAAGAAGAGGAGACGGUGAAAGAGAUGGUACAAUCAUUAGAGAGAAAGUUUUCAUUGUACUCAAGACUACUAACUGAAAUGUGUGAAAUGUUGGAAGAACAAUUUGCACUUGAUGGGCCAAGACUGGAGAGAGAAGCACAGGAAUACCGUCCUUGCUGCCUCAUCCCAGACAACUACCUUGAGUACAAAAGUCACUUUGGAACACGCGUGAAUGAAGAGCUGUGGUGUGACACCGGGUUUGGUUCAGGUGAUCAUCUUCUACCAGACGAUUUCUUUGUUGCACCGUACAACUUAACAGAGAUGUUUGCAUUAAAUCUGAGAAGGUACCCAACAAUCAAAUGGCAGUACUUCAUGUCAACGCCUGGCCUCCACACAGAAUAUCCUGCCCACAGACCAGGUACAAGUCUUGGAUCAGACUGUGGACAGUCUUCACGGCAUCGCCAUGUGUAUGAGGGAACAUUGCGACCUAGAGGCAGGAACAUAGUAUUGCUAUAUGAUCUUGGAGAAGCUCUAACUCCAAGGCUCCUCCUUACAGCUAAAGCUAUAGGACAUCAGGUUGUCUCAACACUAACUCUGCAAGACAACAUAGCUGUGGUGGGUGUGGCGGGUAACGUGGCGCGUCCUGCAGCUGCAUGUAUGAGGUCUGCCAUGACACCAGCCACUCACGAUGUCAAGCAAACUGCCAGACACUUCAUGGACUUCCUAGAGAUACAGAAUGAGCCCACCAAUCACACCUUGGGCUUGAUGACAGCACUCAAUAUCAUCAGUCAGUCUGCCAACAGCUCAGCACUGUUGGUUUACGUGAGUCGUGGUGUGGUGUCUUCACAGCACCAGGUCCACACAAUUAUGUCCUCACUAGCUUCCAUGCUUGACAUCAUUAAGACCAGAGUUGUCAUCAGCACGUUUGGGUUAGGUCUCCUUAAACAUGAAUUUUCUUUGGAAGAACAGUUUUUAGCAGCGCUUACUAAACAAGACUUCAAGAUGUUUGACAUAGAAUAUAGUAAAUAUCCUGAGACUGGGAAAUUUGUGGGGCUGGACUCAACUUUGAAUGUGUCCCCUUUCAUUCAUAACAUGUAUGAUGUGGUGGAGGAACCUCCUAUGCCUAAGGAAGGAGCUCUGCGAAACCUUGUGAUAUCUGACCCUUACUGGGAUGAUGACAGCAGUGAGACUGUUGUUUCGCUGUCCAAGAUUGUACGUACUGAAGAAGGAAGACUCCUAGGGAUGAUUGGUAUUGAUCUUCCUCUGGCCAACCUGUUAGAAGAUGUGACCCAUUUUACCUCCCCAGCUCACUCGUAUGCCUUUGUCAUGGAUGCACAGGGUAAUGUCCUGGGCCACCCAAAGCUUGGGCGUCCGGAGAGCUGGACGCUACCCCUUGUACCCACGGAUGUAAUGCUGCUGGAGCAAACACCAGGUCUCAACAGCAUUAGAGGAGAGUUCUUCAGCACACACUCAGGACACACAUUCCUCCAUGGCAGAGCACACAAGGGGGACCAGUUGGACAAGCUGCACUACUGGUGGCACCAGUCAGAGAGUAAUGGGUGGGUGAUGGUGGUGGCCUGGCAUGACUCAGGCCUGCCAAGACGGCGGUUGAGUCGUAGUGUGCGGCCGCUGCCCCCCACUGCACUCUUUCACCGCCUUGACCUCCUCUCACCCAGUGAAGCUCGGGUGUGUCGCCACUUUAACCAAAUGGCAACUCUGGAUGGCAGCACCUUGUUCCUCUCAGUGGGUUCCUAUGUAUCACCACUAAGUCAGCUUGCCAGUGGUGUUGAGAGUUUGGGUGCUGUCCAGAGCAUCACUGCCUACCUCAGUGACAACACACAACUCAUAGCCAACCCAGGCCUUAGGCUGGGUGUGCGCACUGAUGCCACGGCACUUUACCAGAUCUCUGACUUCUGGAAAAAGCAACAUGAAGACAGUGACCUCAGUAAAUAUAUUGUUAGAAGAUAUGCUGCAGCUUCAUCUGGUGUGGCCAUUAUGUAUCCUGGAACCUUACUGGAUCGCAGCUUUGACCCGCGCUCCCAGUCAUGGUACCUGAGUGCCUUGUCCAAUCCAGGGAGAGUAGUGGUGUCUCCACCUUACCUAGACCCUGGCGGUGCUGGCUACAUAACCACAGCUUCCCACACUGUUUAUCAGGGUGAGUCAGCUGCUAUGCACUCCCCUGCUGAUCCAGUGGCUGCUGUUCUUGCUGCAGAUUUCACUGUGGGAUAUUUUUACAAAAUUCUGUUGGACUUGGAACCUGCGUGUGGUGGUGAUGAUAUCUUUGAUCAGGAGAGGAAAGUUCGGUGUUUCCUGGUGAACAGUGAAGGUUACCUGGUGGCACAUCCAUCUCUACUUGAUCCAACCCGCUCCUCAGGCCCGUCAGUCAACAUUCCCCCUCACAUCACACACCAGGAGCCAGUGUUGUCCAUGGAGCUGCUGGGGAGGGCGGAAGGCUGGCUGACCAAGGCCUCAUGUGGUCGGUGGUGGCACGGUGCUAGUGAACGUCAUUAUUCUCUUCAAGUUCCUGCCAACCAGGUGGUAACCUUACCUGCUGGCAGCAACCAGGGAGACAAUAGUCCAUGCCUGCAGUAUGCUUUGGUAUCUGUGCCAUCCACCAAUCUCAUCCUCACUAUAAUCAACCAGACAUGCAGUCCAUCUGUUGCCUUCUGUCCGUGCAGCAUGGAUGAUCGGCUGUGUCUUAACUGUCAGUUGGUGGAGGCUGGUGCAUGCGAGUGUCCCUGUGAAUGUCCACUUUCCUCUCACCCUUGUGGCGACUCAUUUGAGGAGGACAAGAGCUAUCCAUGGUCCACAGAAUCUUCAUCGCCAACCAAUGACACAAAAGAUUCAACUAACCGCAUUUGGCAAACAUAUUUUGACAAGAGCUUUGGUAAUGGCCAGCCUGUGCCUCAGGUGCUUGAGCUGACCACACAGCCCCCAGACCUGGCCCCUACUUGCCACCGUGUUCCUGAGCCCCCUGUCUCCCUCCAGUACUCCAUAGGCUUGCUGGCUCACUUGGACUCCUGUGUUGCUGUUUCCUGUUCCCUUCAUGCCACACCAACGGCAUGUCUGGGUGUGAUUGGCUGUGUUUGGUGUUAUCUGAAUGGUGAUGGGUCCUCUCUCCUCGGCCAUCCACAUUGCACAGAGGCCCACCACUGCUAUGGGGGCAUUGUUGGAGGGCCUUCACCAUACCCUCAUGGUCUAGCAACCCUCCCUCACUCUGACAAUACCCAUGGGGACUCUGGCAACCCUAUUGGACCUGUUGCUGGUGGAGUGAUGGCAGUGUUCCUAGUGAUAGCGGUGGCUGUGUACUGUUACCGGCAACAUGUUGGCAGCACCAGUAACUCCCUCUACACCCCAGCUAGCCUCCAUCCACAACCCAGCAUCUAUCAGUCUCAGCCUGCGCAUGACAUUGAUGCAGGAGAUGAUGAUUUGUUGGAUGUGUGUGGGGUGGGUGCAGGAGCCGCUGCAGCUGUCAGUCCUUACCGCAUGAAUCCAGGCUACCGGCGGCCUCCAGGUGUGGCUGACUCCAGUGACCAGGGGUACUCCACUAUGACCCCUCACGAUGAUUCAGAGAACCUUAAUUACACUGACCUUGGGGGCUUGGUGGGUCUGCCUGCAAGUCACACUGUUGAUGAUGGCCCCUCCUCCUCUGGCUGGUCACCCCCUCCUUCCCCAGGAUGCCAGGAGAGGAGAGGCAGCCUCCUGGAGCCUUCUCACACACUACUGGCACCAGCCAAACGAAAUGGUCCCAACAUUAUCCAGGUACCUGUCACUGUGCACAUGGUUGAUAGUGUAUGAGUAUGUCACUUCAAGAUCUGUGUUUGAAAUAGAUAAGGCUUGUGGCAAAUCCAUUUACUUUAUUAUUUGCAAAUUUUCUUGCAUUUAGGAACAAUCCUUCAGGGAGCUGAGGAUUUUCUUAGCUUGCCUUCAGGAAUAACAGUAUUACAGAGAGAUUUGUUAACCAUGUUUACUUGACAUAACUGGUGAAUAGCCAGUAGAUUAGGACAUGCAUGACUACUGCGGCCAGGCCAGCACAUUCCUUGUAGCAUUUAAAAAGCGAGUGUGUAUAAAGUUCUCCAACAUUUUAGAUAUAUUGAAAAGGUUAAUGAUGUAAUUCUAUUCUUAAGGCAUGAGUACAGUAGUUGUAAUUUAUAUGCAAUAUUUUUAAUUGUGAUUAUAGUUCCAUUUGUGGUAGGUUCAAGUAGUCUAGUCUGAAUACAGCUAAAUGAACAGCUGAGCAUUAAGGUGUUUUGGGUGAAGCAUGGAAGAGCACCAAAGAUAAAGUUUCAUAUACACUGGGCAGCACAACUCAGGAAUCCCAGAAGGGGAGGGAACUAGUACAUCAAACACAAACUUAUUGUUCCUAAGUUAGUUUUUAGAGCAACAGCAACAAGUACUGCAGAUUCAGUUCUUGUAAAUUAAAAAUUUGGGGACAGAAUAUAAAAGUUUUUUGUAUGUGUGUGUGUGUGUAUGUCUGUUUGUGUGUGUCUGUGUUUGUAUAUGUUUGUUUGCUUACAUAGUUUUGGGGAACAUUUAAGUAUAUUUAUUUAAUGACAAGUGAGUAUCUUAAUUGAAGGACGUAAUGCCAGUGAAAAAGCACAUGGAAGAAUUUUACAAUGGUGGUGGUGUCUGAAAGUUGUACUGUAAGUAGUGAGGGUAUUUUGCUAAUGCAAAAGUUGUACGACAAUAAAAAUCUCAUUUUAAAACUAUCCUUCCUGUAGAUUUCAUAUGCUAAUAUGUGAAAGUGCUCAAUAAGUAUUUCAGGUUGGAAGAAUUGGAAUUAUUCUUCUCUCAAAAAUUAAUGUUGUGCGGUAAGAAGUCAUGCAAGUCCCAAGCAGCAAGUGUAUGUGAGGCCUUAGCUAAGAUAAAGUACUUACCUAUGCAAUUUGUAAAUGAAGUGAAUAGUAAUUGCAGUAUUAUCAGGAUAUCAUUUUACAUAAAAUUAUUCUUGUGAAUUUUAUUGAAUAUACAUUUUCUUAAAUAUUAGUAAUAAUGGAAAAUUUUAUGAAUAUUUUACUUUUAUGUACUUUUUUCUCAAUAGUGUUGAGCAUGAAGGUGAAAUCAAAAGUCUGUAUCACAGAGGUACAUAGGUACUAAUACUCAGGCUGAUGGUGACCAAUACUUUCCCUGUUGGUAAUGAUCCUCUCUAGACUAACACUGCCUCUAGUGAAUAAAUGAGUGGAGUAAUGACAGUCAUGGCUUGUAUGAACUUUGUGUUUUAAUGUCUAUUUGUCAUAGUACAGAAAAAUUAUGCUGAAAAAGUGUACAAUAGUGUCUCAAAAGUUUGUGAUAUGGUAAUUUAUUCUUAAUUGACUUUGUUUCUGACAAAAGUCAUCUUAAAAGCAGCAGUAAGCAGAAUAUUUAAAUUCAUAAUUAUAGUGUUCAGCUAGUACUGAACUCACCAUGAAUAUGUGUUGUGGUUCCAGAACCCAUCAUGCACAGUGACUUGUGUGUUCAGGAAAGUUCCUCUGAUCACAGUUUAAAUUGUACUUGUAUACUGAUAAACUAGAUUUAUCCCUGUAUACCUAACUGAAUUGGCCUGGAAUCUGAUUUGGGGUAUGAUAAAUCCAUCGUAGGUAAAAAUAGAAAAGAAAAAAUUAGAAUGAAUAAAGAAUAAUAAUUGGUAAUUACAAUGACAAAUAAAUGAAACAAAGUUGGGAUAUGGGAGAAACAAAUGUUGUAAUUUCUAAUUCUUGUUGUGUUAGAAAACUUGUAAAUUUUACUCAUUCCUACAACUGUAGAUUCCACAAAUGUCAAGGUUUUGGUUGAAAAUUUUGUAGGUUGGUCAUUAUUGAUCCAGCAAUCAGUACAUAAUCCAGUUCCACCACUAUCCAGCACUAAUUUCAGCUAGUGUAAUUUAAAAUUUCCCAUAUUGCUGCACCAACCUGCUGUACCUACUGUUUCUUAGUGCUGCUUACUGCAUAAACAGCUGGUAUCACUUCCAAACUUAAGGAACCCAUUCCACUUUGUUUUUCUCUAGGUCAUUAUACAGAAAAGAUAAGGUUAAACUGGAAAAAAAACUUAACAGCAAUGUGUCCAUGUGAAGUUUGUGUGAAUUAUACAGCAAUAGCUUUGCAACAGUUUGUGACAUGAAACAAAAGAAAAAAUUUUCAGUUUCUUUGAUAAUUUGAUUGGCUAUACUAAUCAGCAUCAGUAUUGGCAGGAAAAGUUGUUCACAUAAUUAACUUAUACUAAUUCAGGCUUUAUUUUAAAGGUAUGAUGAGGUGGUUAACUAUUGUAUCAAGUCUUUUCAGAUUGUAAUAAGGGAAAAUUGCUAAUCCAGCAUCCUAAAGUUCCUAAUGAUGCUAAUAGACAACCUGUACACUUGUAUCUCAGCACUGUGGACUAAAAGGAGGUUAACAUCAAUCCGGACUCUGAUGAAAUCUGUAGGUGGCAACACUGACAUAACAUUUAUGCAUAGCUUUGUCUAGCUCUUGAUAACAAACCUUGAUUUGCUUGCAGACUGCUACAGAACCAGAUUUAAUUGAAUAUCUAUCCACAGAAUAUUUCGCAGCAUAUUCAGUAAGUUUAGAUUUUAUGUUAAACUUUGUUAUUUUGCUUUGUAUUCCUGAAACACCUGCUUCACAGAUGUACUACUUUUGAACUUUUGAUCAACUAAAGGCUCUGUGCUACUGUCAAAUUCUCCCUUUUCUUCUUUUCUACUUUUUCAUUCAAUCAUGACAAUGAAAAAAAAAUGUUUUUUAGGGAAAAUGUAGAAAAAGAAAGAGGGGACAAAACAAAGUAAUUGGCUACCAGCUAGCUGUUAGUUCUAUAAGCAGGGGCUUGGGUCCAGUGUUGUUACAAUUUAAUCUGGCUGCUCCAAAUUUUGUCUGCUGCUUCCAAAAUCUGUUAAAGGAAAGUGUGUAGUAUAGAGGUAUUUGUAUAUCUGUCUGGUCUUGGAGAGCUGAGUGUUACAAAUUAUUGAGAUGCUGUUGUAUACUAAUUGCAAGCAUUUGCAUAACCAAAUUUUGCAGCUUUUUAUACUAUUGAGAAAAUUCAUCUUGAAGAUGUGCAUAAAAUAAUGUAGUGAAACUUGAUGUAUGUAUUUAUGUAUGAUAUAGAGCUGAGUAUCGAAGUUGGUGUUGGUUGGCACUGGAAGUUGUGUAGUAUUGAGUGGAGGCUGGCAUGACUAUAAUUCUAGUCUUUAAUUAAACUUUGUAAGAAAAUAUCAUAUAUAUAUGAAUUGAGCAUUGAUGAGACAUUCUUUUAUGAAGAAAUAUAUUAUUUGUAUUGCUGGAUGUAA